AUGCCAAAUAUCGACUAUGUUCAUAUGUCCACGGUGUUGGCAAAUGUACCAAAAUAUAAAUUGAGCAAUGGGAAAGAAAUGCCUGCGAUUGCGUUGGGGACGUAUCUCGGAUUUGAUGAGAACGGCAUGGUAAAAUCCCAGAAUAAACAACUUCGAGAUGUUAUAAUGAAAGCUAUAGAUAUAGGCUACAGACAUUUUGACACAGCAUCCAUAUACGGCACGGAAGAAGAAAUCGGAGAAGCUGUGAGGCUUAAAAUAGAGCAGGAUGUUGUAAAGCGAGAGGAUUUGUUUAUUACUACUAAGCUGUGGAACACGUUACAUAAAAGAGAACAAGUGGUACAAUCGUUGAGAGAUACUGUACACAAGAUGGGGCUGAAUUAUAUCGACUUAUACCUCAUGCAUUGGCCUAUGGGACUUAAUGAGGACUACUCUUACUCUCAAACAGAUUUUAUGGAAACUUGGCGAGGUAUGGAGGAUGCUGUCCUUCUAGGUCUCGUUAAGUGUAUCGGAGUUUCAAACUUUAACAAGGAACAGCUAAUACGAUUAAUCAAAGAAAGCAAUAUAAAGCCAGUUGCUUUACAGAUAGAGGUACAUCCUCAAAUGAUCCAAACAGAAUUAGUUGAUUAUGCUCAAUCUGAAGGCAUUGUGGUUAUGGGAUAUAGUCCUUUCGGUUCAUUGGCCAUGAGGUAUGGCACGCUUUUCCCGGGACCAAGAGUCGAUAAUCCAAUCCUGGUGGAGAUAGCUAAAAAGUAUAGGAAAACAACUCAUCAAAUUGUUUUAAGAUGGCUGGUCGAUAGAAAAGUAGUGCCAAUACCAAAGACGGUAAAAUACUCACGAUUAAAAGAAAACAUCGAUAUCUUUGACUUUGAACUGACAGCAGAAGAAAUUCAAAAAAUCAACAAGUUCGAUAUACAUAAACGCUUUACACUCCCUUCUUUUUGGCAAACUCAUCCGUAUUAUCCGUUUGAGAAGGCGCUAAUAAAAGUCAACACUGUGGCUAAGGUGACACCGUUCCCGAGUAUGACGUAUUCCGGAAGGAAUAAAUUCGAGAUUUCUCGAUUUUCCAAUGAAGACGAGAAUCAUAUAAAUAAAAAGCUGCCAAAGGAGUUGCUGCUGAGGAUAUUAUCUUAUUUAGAUGUGGUUUCGCUAUGCCGAUGUGCUCAGGUCUCAAAAUUAUGGAACAUUCUCGCUCUCGAUGGCUCGAACUGGCAGAGGAUAGAUUUGUUUAACUUCCAGCGAGAUGUAGAGGGACCAGUAAUAGAGAAUAUAUCGCAAAGAUGCGGAGGUUUUCUUCGACAGCUCUCGCUGAGAGGAUGUGAGAGUAUCGCGGAUGGGUCUAUAAAGACUUUAGCGCAGUCAUGUCCAAACAUAGAAGAUUUGAACUUGAAUAAAUGUAAGAAGUUAACCGACCAAGCCUGUCAGGCCCUCGGCAGGAAAUGUGGCAAGCUUCAAAAGAUAAACCUCGACUCUUGUCCUAGCAUAUCGGACAUAUCACUAAAAGCAUUGUCAGACGGAUGUCCGCUUUUGACACAUGUAAAUGUGUCAUGGUGUCAGUCGAUUACAGAGAAUGGCGUCGAAGCCCUGGCCCGGGGCUGCCCUAAACUAAAGAGCUUUAUUUGCAGAGGAUGUAAAAAUGUGAACGACAAGGCAGUGUCAUGUCUCGCGACGUACUGCCCAGAUCUAGAAGUACUCAAUGUGCAAGGUUGUGAUAAUCUAACCGACGAGUCGAUAUCAAAGCUUGGCGGCGCGAUGCGUCGCCUGUGCGUGUCGGGCUGCGCGCGGCUGACGGACGCGGCGCUGGCGGCGCUCGCGGCGCGCUGCCCGGACCUCGUCACGCUGGAGCUGUCGCAGUGCGCGCACCUCACCGACGCCGGCUUCCAGGCUCUCGCCAGGAGUUGUAGAAUGUUAGAGCGUAUGGACUUGGAGGAGUGUGUUCUCAUCACGGACGCGACACUCGUGCACCUCGCCAUGGGGUGCCCUCGCCUUGAAAAAUUGACCUUGUCCCACUGUGAAUUAAUAACGGACUAUGGUAUAAAGCAGCUGUCGAUGUCGCCGUGCGCUGCGGAACAUCUCACAGUGCUCGGCCUCGACAACUGCCCCUUAGUGACGGACGGUGCGCUCGAACACCUUAUCUCGUGCCACAACCUGCAGCGCAUAGAGCUGUACGACUGUCAGAUGGUCACUAGGAAUGCUAUAAGGAAGUUAAGGAACCAUCUCCCAAACAUUCGCGUACAUGCGUACUUUGCGCCCGUAACUCCCCCUGUCACCGGCGGCGGGGUCCGACCUAGGUAUUGUAGAUGCUGUAAUAUUAUA